CUUCCAACACAUCUUCUCUCCCUCCGUCAAUGGAGAAAACCCUAGCCACUUCCCAUACCAAACGCUCUUUUCCGUCUCCAUCCACCGCCGUGAACACAAGCUCCACUGGUUUCAACCGCAAAACCAGACAGAGACUGUCCGAUGCAACGGCGAGUGUAAGAGAGACUGACGUAGAAGAUGAAGACGAUGAAGAAGAAGGAGUUGAUGAGAAGAUCGAGGCGCUUCAGACAAUAGUUCCCGGAGGAACAGCACUUAGUGUGGACGCACUGUUCGAAGAGACGGCUAGUUACAUUUUGGCUCUGCAAUGUCAGAUCAAUGCCAUUAAAGUUCUUACUGCAUUCCUUGAGCGUGGUGAUGACAAAGAAGAUAUGAAGUUUGGAGGUUGAAGAUUGAACAAACAAUUUGGAAUUCU